AUGCUUCAACAAACAAACAUUUUCUUCAAUUCUUCCUUCCCUCCCCAACAAUGGCUGAGAAACCUUUUGGCUAUCAUCUUGAGUACGCGUUGUCCGCUCGCGCCAAAUGCAAAGGCCCAAAACCAUGAUCCUCAAUCGAGAAAGGCCGAUUGCGCAUCGGCAGUCUCGUCGACUUCAGAGGAUCCACAAGCUUGUGCGCACCUCUUCUCAACCAGCAUCACCAUCGACCAUCCACAUCACCUGCGUCACCACUACCACCAACAACCACCACUUGCAACUAUCGAUCCACCGCCCCCAACCACUGCACACCCUAAGAACAGUGACAAGCAACGCCACGUCACACCUCACCUAACGACGCCGGCAACGACCACCACGACACAACGCCCAAAGCCGAUGACAACCCACGACCUUCCCGCCAGCACGACCGCCCAAAAAACGAAGACGACCGCACAUAAACGAAGACGAACCACCACCAGGCAAAACCGACGACCACCAUCCACCACCGCUCGCAAACGACGGCCACGAACGGAAGUGCGCCCAUCCCACGUUCGUUCCAACCCACCACGCUGA